AUGCCCCAAGCGAUGACGCCUGGAGGUCUGAUUGACGCUUCCUGCGAUGAAUUUCAACACGGCACCCCAAAUCAUUCGGGAUCCGCCCCUGGAAAGCAGACGGAGCUCGUCGUCCGGAACCCACGCCUCCCGCACAUCACGCAGGGCUUUAUCGAGCUAAGAUUGCUUGUUUCUCGAACGGUGCAGGACUCGCACAACCGGUUACAAGAGAUGGUCAGCUUGUUGGCGGAAGGAGGACGGUCGGAUGGCGACAAGAAGGCGCGCAUAAUAGAGCACAUGCUGGAGAGGCGGAAACAAUUUAUCAAGUUGCUGGUUUUAACCAUGUGGGCGAAAAAUGCGCAGGCGGUUAGUGAGGUGAUUGAUCUCAAGGUUUUUCUGGAUACCCGGCAGGAAAUCUUCCACAAGGUGGUCUGGAACCUCUACGAGGUUAGGAGGAAAAUGAGUUAUGCUCGGUACGGCCCUGCUCUGGAUUGGGUGGACGGGUUUUAACGGAGGGCCCUAACAACCCCAAUUCUAGAAUUCCCAACCCCGACCUCGACACCGCCGUGCGGGUACUAUCCACAGGCCGGGCGAAUACUGCGAUGACCGUAUGUAGUCUUGAGCUUCGCGCAUCGCGUUUUACUGACAAGCUUUAUCUAGAGGCGCUAUGUCCCACCCAAAAAGUUAACAUCCAAGGAAACUUUGAAAAUAUUACAAGAUCUCAACACAUUACUCUCCCUGCGGCUCGCCCUCCACGAGAAACUACCGCCCUAUUUCCGAGACUACACCAUCGCAUCUGGCCGUGCGACCUUCACCGUUGCCGAUGAGUUUGAAGUGGAUCUAUGUAUUGGGGAUGAGGACCCGACAUCCCAGUUAUACCUGGUCGAUUUCCGCUUUCUGUUUGCGCCAUCUGCCAAAACUCUCCCAGCCGGCCGAAUCAGGGAUGAGGUCGAAAGCAGGGGCAAUAUAAUCCUGAAGCAGGGGGGGCUAGAAGGAAUCUAUGAUUAUCUGCAUGAGUUUGUCAUGACGGACAAGAUAUGCACACUUGCCCGGCAGUUCCAGAUAAUGCUCACGGGCAGGUGGACUGAGAACCUGGUGGUCGACAUGCGCAAGAGGACAUUGGUUGUACAGUAUUGGAUCAGCAGGGCUCCAGAGGGCGAAACCAAGAGCUGGAUUGAAGUUGGUAUUAAGCGUGGUACCCGAGGGAGGCCAAGCCACCUCGGCGUGCGAUGGAUACGUGAUGGGAAAGCGGUCCAUGGUCAGGCGGUUCCCCUGGACGUAGCCGUCCUGUCCGCCGAAAACCUGAUAAAAACCGUGAUUGCCCUGCACACAAAACACAUACUUACACUGAUACGCGGCCGACUCGCACAUUUGCCAGUAUUCCCGCUGUCAGCAAUGGUCCUAACGGCGCAUCCAACCGACUCAUUCAAUUCUUCGCUAAAACUACAAUUGACACCUUCGAGACCAGCUAAGCUUCUGAUUGAGCCCAUCACAGGCCGAUUUGCAUUGCACCCACCUACAACGGCGGCACACGCACCAACCGGUGUCGAGGCUCUGAUAAUAAAGCUGAAGUUUGCGUUAACACAGGAGGAGGUAGAGACUAGGGCUCGUAGUAUGGGAUGGGAGGUGUUGAAGAUGCUCAACCCCCGAAGGGAGGAGCUCAAGGGAUUCUUCCCAAGCACCACCAGGUACAUAUCAUACCUCAGGAGGAAAGGUUGGGGAAAGGAAUGGGUCAUUGCCAUGGUCCUGGCAGAUACAGGGCAGAGUUGGUGGGUUGUUAAAGUGUAAGCCCAUGUUCUACUCAAACAAGCUGGAUUCAUCAGUCCUAACCUUACACAGACACGAGGCUCCUAGCCAAUGGUCCAUGAGCAUGGCCCUCGAAAUCCCAGUGCACGGCGAAGCCAACGCUACGUACGGCUUUCUAGGAAACCUCGAGAAAAUGUCAUCGGCGAUGAUAACCCUCUAUGUCAAUCAAUUGGCACUCGUUGAGAAGGGAGUGCAGCACAAGCUCCAACCCAGCAAAGUAGCUGAUCCCAAACUCACCAUUCCGGAUCUAUAUAUCCGCUUCUCCAGUCUGAUCCACGCAAAUUGGGGCAUCGACGUCCUGCGGUUAACCUUCCAGGGGCUAGGCACGGAGGGGAAAUGUAUCGUGACAGUCCUCGGUAGAACCAAGGAACCAAUGACACAGCUCGGCUCGACAAACAUCUCAGCAGCGGACAGCGACGUCUCCUUCCAUCCGCAAUCCGGCAGCUAUGCAAUAAGGUUUAACAUCAACGUCGGCGAAUCGGUAAUAGAACAACUGAUAGAGAAGCUCCACCGCAUAGAACGUCUAAUCCGUUUUGUCGCCGUGAUCCGGAGAUUCAAUCUUCCAUGCUUGAACGUCUCCCUUGGCAGAAUCGCCUUCACAUAUGAUACCGAAUCAAACUCCUCAGCAGAAGUCAGCUUUUCUGGCGACCGUGAGAUGAAGCUCCACCUUCCACCCCGAAGCCCUCACAUCCGCAUCAAAGGCUUCCUAGAACACAAGCUCAACGUCUCGGGGCUGGAAACCGUCGUGAUGGCACUAACAGUAACCCUCCCGCUCCUCCUCGCCUUCGAAAAGAUAGAAGCAGCUGUCGGUGACAGGAGUGAUGGCCACGUCUUUGUGCUCUCCAGAAGCGUGGACUGGUUCCGCAUCUACUAUCGACGCCUCGGCGUGGUUCUCGACUGGCAGCUCCAGUGCCGCAAGAGCGUGCUACAUUGGUUCGUGCGCGAUGCUGUGAGCAGCAAUCCUGAAUCCGAGGUCGAUAUCGUGGGUGGAGAGGGCAGACGCAAGGCUGAAGAACUGAAGGGUAUCUGGAGCGGCGAGGUGGAGGGCGAUUGGGAGCCGUUGAAGAGUGGGGCUGCUGCCGGACUGCGCGAGGUGGGGGCACUUGCUUGGAAGAUUCACGAGUUGAUUUAUGUGAAGAAGGGCAUGAUGGCGUAGAGAGGAGAAACGGCCAGACGGGGUGGAUGUAUCAUUAGUUUUUUUCUUUCUUUGCCAUUUUCUACUACCUUUCAAACCUCCUUCUAUCACACCCACUACCACCAUUACCCCCACUACGGCUGACCAUAACGGUACGAAUAUCACUAUUACCUAGGCAACUCGCGGACUCUUUCCCUCUUCCUCUCCCUACCCCCUCCCUCAUCUCCUCACACCCUCCUACUUACCUCUUACGAGGUAUCACAUACACGGUCCUUUCUAUUCUAUCUCCUAUCAUCUUCCUACCUAAUUCCCCGGCCCAGUAUGGUACAGGGUGGAUAGAUGGAAACAGAUUCUUUUUUUCCUCCUCCUUUCUCUUUUUCUUUUUCUUUUUUUCACCCUUUUCCUUCGAUCGUCCGAUGCUAGGGCUGGAGUUUUGCUUUUUCUUCCUUCUUCUACCCAUCAUACAAACCGCGAAAUUUAUUCCUAGUUCUUGUUCUCUGUAUCUCACGUUAUUUGAUAGCGGGGUGGGUGGGUGGAUGUACUGUACAUAACACGGUAGGGGUAGGGUAGGGACUGGUAUGAUAGGCUUUUUUUUCUUUCUCACGACUGGAGUGGGGGUAUUCAUUGUUAAAGCGAAUGCAAGUGAAGUAGGCUGGUGGAAAAGAAAAAAAAAGCCUACCAAUUGUUUGUGUAUGUAAUGUAAGCUAUGUGGUACAAUAGACUUACAUCCUCUCCAAUGUUUUAACCGUUGAGUCUAUUUUUCGUUUGUUUGCACUAACCGCCCUUCACGAGUGAGCAAAAUUAAUCAACCUUUCUUAACCCACCCUUCCACGAUACUCCUCCCGCGGGAUACAUUCUCAUCCACAACCUUCCUCCCAUCCCUAACCGCUUUCCCGCUCGCCCGAACAGCCUCCUCAAUCCCAUGUUGGACAAGUAAGUGCCUCUCCGCCACCCUAGGGACCAUCUUCUCCCAUUCCCACACCAAAUUCCCCACGUUCCGCGUGGUCUCCGGGAGGAAGUACCGUCCCGCACCGAUCCCAAUAAGCACUGGUGUCAGCGCACGAAUGGGAAACAUGCGGUUCCGCGCAAUGAUGGAGCCGGCCAUGGUCGAGACGGCAACGUACAGGACGCCCGGGACUACCUUUUCUUCUGAGGACUUGGGGGGUGCAAGGGAGCUUAUGGUCGUGGUUAUGCUGUGCUCGUAGGAGAGGUAGCUGGAGAAGGCGAGGUCGAUGUGCUUUUGUAGGAAGACGGUGUGCGCGUGCAGGAAGAGCCGGGCUUUGCGGAUCUCAGCGGCCAGGCGGUCAGUUGGAGUUGGGGUGACUUUCUCGUCGGUGGGGUCCGAGGCGGUGGUCGGAGUUGCGGUGAUCAAGCUUGGGGAUUUUGUGUCGGCGGACACGGGAGCGCUGCGGGAGUAUCUUGAGGGGGUAUCGUAGAUUGAUUUCUUACCCUGCUGUGGAUCAAUUAGUCCAUUGUUGUUUGCCAAGCUGUAACCUGCACUGGCCAAGAAGCCUACCCGUCCCUCAUCGGCAAACACAGGUGUAAUAGUACUAGCCAUCGCUCCCAUAGUAGUGAGUGUGAUGAUGGCGGUGCGCUAUUGACAACUGCGUCAGCUUUUUCUCCCCACCUGGAGCAGGGGGUGAAGCAAUUGAUCGUGCAGUAUAGACCUAGAGGCUUACCCGUGAGCCAAGGCGGAAUGGCAUUGGUUGUAGAUGGUUUGUUUAGUGAU